CCCACCUGCCUGUGCAUGCAUAAAUGAGGAAGCAGAAAAGUUGUCAGAAAUAAAAAGAGGUGCUAUAAAUGUUAAAUACGAUGAUCGAGGAAGUUGGGUUUCAGAUACAUUUCCUGAGGUGUGGAGAAGAGGCCAACAGACUCCAACAUUUCCAUAGAGAAGGGAAGUGAGAGACGGGAACAUUUCCAUAAAGAAGGUGAUGUCAUCUCGGGUCAUCUUCUGAUGUCAUGGCGACCACUUCUUCCUCCUCACAAGGGUCGGCUCCUGGUGUCCUGGGAAAGAGGAAACAAACCCCCGGGGAUCUUAUCCUAUAUUCUCUGGAGGAUCUGAAAGGAAGUGACUUCAAGAGAUUUAGGAACAAAUUGUCUGAUUUCUCCUAUGAAGAUAAACGUUCCAUCCCCCGAGGAAGACUAGAAAAUGCAGACUGGAUCACCACCAAGGACCUCCUGAUAGACAGAUAUGGAGAAGAAGGGGCUCUGGAUGUCACCAUUCAUGUCUUUACAGAGAUCGGUUUGAUGGGACCCGCAGAUGAACUCCAGGAGAGGAGAGCAGAACAUGCCAAACUGAAGAAGACGACACAUGACAACAGAUUAUUAGACAUCAGUAAGGAACACAGAGAGUGUCAGAAAGAGAAGUUCCAGAGGAUUAAAGAAUAUAAUUCCCGUAUGGGGGAGGCUGUUCAUCUACAGGAAAUAUUCACCAAGUUAUUGAUGAUAAUCGGACCCCAGAAUAAAGAGGGAAUAGAAGAAGAAAUACGGAGUUCAGGCAAAAAAACUCUACAGAUCACAGAGAAAAGAUCCCCAACCACAAUCCCGGCCCUCUUUGACCCUGAUAAAUGUGGGUUCAUCCCUAAGGUUGUUGUGUUACAAGGAGCUGCUGGGAUUGGAAAAACAAUGACCUCCAAGAAGAUCAUGCUGGACUGGGCCUCUGAGGAUCUCUACCAAGACAAGUUUGACUUUGUGUUUUAUGUGAGCUGUAGAGAAAUCAACACCAUCCCUGAAAACAUAAGUCUUGUGGGACUUUUAUCAGGAGCCUGCAGACUGCAGAGUUCGGAUGACCUGGUGUCUAUUCUGAGGGAUCCUGGAAGUCAGAGAAAACUUCUCAUCAUAGUUGAUGGGUUUGAUGAACUGAGGUGGACUCUGGAGGGGAAAUCUCAGGGUUGUCUUGACAUUUCUAUGGAAACCCACAAAGAAAUAAUUCUCCAAAGCUUGCUCAGGAGACAGGUUCUCCCACAGUCUUCUCUGAUCAUCACCACAAGGUCACUGGCCAUGGAGAAACUUAACACAUUCAUCGAUGAUUCUCGCAAUGUGGAAAUCCAGGGUUUUACAAGGGAAGAUCGAGAGAAAUAUGUCUAUAAUUUCUAUGGAAAUAAAGAAGAUGCAGACAAGGUUCUCAGUCUAAUAAAAGACAAUGACGUUGUGUACACCAUGUGUGCCGUCCCCAUCACAUGCUGGAUUGUCUGCACUGUAAUGAAACAACAAAUAAGAAAAGAUUUGGCUCUAAUUUGGUGUCAUACAAUGACUUCAAUUUACCUUCGCUUCCUGGAGAUUUUACUAACCCAUCACAGCAAGAAGGAGCCGUCUGUACGCAGGAAACAAACCUGUCUGAAGAAUCUGUGUGCUCUGGCCAAUCAGGGAGUUCAGGAGGGACAAAUCUUAUUUGAGAAGAAAGAUCUAGAAAGACAUGGACUUUCUCUGGAUGAGGUGGAGUCUGUAUUUCUGAAUGAGAACAUCUUUCAUUGGGACGUCCGAACCCAGACCUGCUACAGCUUCAUCCACCUGAGUGUACAGGAGUUCCUUGCUGCUCUCUAUUAUGGGAUGGAUGAUGGGUCUGGGUCUAUGGAAGGGACUUUCCUCCCUGAGAUCUGUAAAGGGAAAUCACUCCAUGAAUUCACUUCAGAUUACUCACAUUUAGCAUUAUCUUUACAAUUCCUGUUUGGUCUCUUAAAUGAAAAACAGGUGAAGACAUUCUCAGAGAUCACAGGAAUCCCCAUCUCACUCCGAGCCAAACCUGCAAUGAGAAAAUGGGCCAAGAAGGGCAACAAAUCUGCAAUGAUAGAAUGGACCAUAGUGGACAUCAAUGAGACUUUCCCUACUCAAAUCAUAUUCUGUCUGUAUGAGACUCAGGAUGAGGACUUCAUUAGGAGCGCCUUGUCUGGUUAUACAAGUUUGAAGCUGUGUGGUUCAGAAACUGAUCACUUGUGGAUGGACAGAAAUUAUUCCAAGCAGCUGAUCUAUUGCUUUAAGUCUUUGAAGAAAGAAAGUUUUCAGUCUUUACAUUUUGUAGAUCUCACUGUGGGUCCAGAGUGCCAGAAACUUCUCUCUCCAUUCCUACACAGGAGUCAGGAGGUCAGAUUUGUGCGUUGUACUAUUUCCAGUAAAGAUUGUCCAGGAAAGGACAAAUCAGAAGAAGAAGAAGAAGAUUCCUCCUCUUCAGGAUAUAAAAGGAAGUCUGAUACUCUUUCCUUUCUGAUGAACCCGGACAGUAAAAUUCAGGAAUUAUGGUUGCAUGGUUGUGAUGUGACUUCCUCCGGCUGGGAUGAUCUCCGAUCCAUUCUUAUCAAUAACCAAUCCCUCCUCACACUGGAUUUAUCAUGGAAUAAUCUGCAAGACUCUAAAUUAAAACUUCUAUGUGAGACGCUCAGACAUCCUGGCUGCAAUCUGCAGAUGCUGAAGUUGUAUGAUUGUGGUGUGACUUCCUCCGACUGUGUUGAUCUCCGAUCCAUUCUUAUCAAUAAUCGAUCCCUCACCAGACUGAAUAUAGCAAAUAAUAAUAAUCUGGAAGACUCUGGAACAAAAAUUCUAUGUGAGGGGCUCAGAGAUCCUGGCUGUACUCUGCAGAGGCUGAGGUUGGAGGGAUGUGGUGUGACUUCCUCCGGCUGUGAUGAUCUUCGAUCCAUUCUUAUCAAUAAUCGAUCCCUCAUCACACUAGAAUUAGCAAAUAAUAAUCUGGAAGACUCUGGAGUAAAACUUCUAUGCGAGGGGCUCAGAAAUCCUGGCUGUACUCUGCAGGAGAUGUGGUUGGGUGGAUGUGAUGUGACUUCCUCUGGCUGUGAUGAUCUCCGAUCCAUUCUUAUCAAUAAUCGAUCCCUCACCAGACUGGAUUUAUCACAUAAUAAUCUGGAAGACUCUGGAAUAAAACUUCUAUGUGAGGGGCUCAGAGAUCCUGGCUGUACUCUGCAGAGGCUGUGUAUUAGGAGAUGUUAUGUGACAUUACGGUGCUGUGAUGAUCUUUGCUCCGUUAUCUCCACAAACCGAACUCUAAUCUAUCUGUGGAUAACAUUGGAUGAUGAUGAGAAGAUGUCGGAGUCAGAAGUGAAACGUCGUUGUAAGGUCCUCCGGAAUGCCGGCUUCUCUGUGGAUAGAGGGGAUGAAGAAGGCUGGAAUAUAUCUAUAGACAUAGAAACAUAAGAAUAUGGUGUGUGGGAGCUCCUCCCCCUCUGCAGGUAAUAUACGGAUCUUGAUAUGAAGAGAAUGUCCAGAAUGGAAUGAUAUCAGAGUAAAGUGAUAUGAACUCUCACAUUUUAUUUUCUCUUUCUGAUCCUUAAAUCCCAGUAAUAAUAAUCUUUGUGUUCUUUUCCUCUUCUAAAUUGUGUUAUUUCUGUCAGUAUUGCCACUUCCUGUGUUGCUGUGUGACCAGUGCCCCCUUCACCAUGCUGAUCUGAUAGGGACACCCGUGCUUUCAUCUAUUGUACUACAAGCCUGCGGUGACACACUGGCUGGACUGCAUGUCCAGGGGCCCAGACAUCAGAUCACUGCUACAGCUCCGCCGCCAUUUUCAUCUGAUUGGAAAUCGUGGCUGCUGAGCUCCAGCCCCACCUCUGCCCCGCCUCCUCUCUAUGAGUGGCAUCGGCUCCCACACUUUCAGAGCUGCAUGUGGAUUGGCUCCUGGAUGAUGUUCUGUGACAAUGGCACAAGGACCAAACAUUACAACAAACUUUAUUCAUACAAGACACGGUCCUGUUGUGUCAAAGUUUACUGACAAUACAUUUUACUGACUCAAUUUUCUUUGGAAUAUAUAUUUUAUUUUAACCACUUCAAUACAGACCAUUUAUACACCCUUCCUGUCCAGACCAAUUUUCAG